AUGUCUUUCUGUUCCUUCUUCGGGGGCGAGGUGUUCAAGGACCAUUUCCAGCCGGGCAUCUACGUCUGUGCCAAGUGCGGCCAUGAGCUGUUCUCCAGCCAUGCGAAGUACGAGCACUCGUCGCCGUGGCCAGCCUUCACCGAGACAGUCCACGAGGACAGCGUGUCCAAGCGCAAGGAGCGGCCGGGGGCUUUAAAGGUGUCUUGUGGCAAGUGUGAAGGGCUCGGCCACGAAUUCCUCAAUGACGGGCCAAAGAGGGGCCAGUCCCGCUUCUGAAUAUUCAGCAGCUCGCUGAAGUUCGUCCCGAAAGGCAAAGCAGACAAGGACCUGAAGGAGAAUUAAGCGAGCUGCUCUACUUGGCACACUGCUCUUGGGCUGAUCCUGCGUUCACACCUUGGGGUGCACUGUCCGGUUCAAGGGGGCACUGGGAACAAGAGAAACCCCAAAGAAGCUCCUGUUUUUACCGGGUCAAUUCCCUCUCAGGGCUGCUCCGAUUUGGGGUGCUGCGAGGAGCACGGGGGAGGCGAGGGGAAAAUGGGGUUGCUGAAGCUCUAUGCUUGCUGGGUGGCGGGUUGUAUGACCUGUGCCUGAGGGUGUUUCAGACGAAUUGGGGUGCUGCAAAGGCUACAGCUCUUCAUUUUACCCACCCUUACCCCCUCCUCAACCGUCUGUUCUCCCCAGCGUCCUCGCCUCUGCUGGUAGCAGCAGAGUCCUUUCGGUUUUGUCCACUAAAGCAGCUCGCGUGCCUGCGGUCCUGCCUCCGCUGAGCUCUGGGGCGGUUUUGCUGUUGACUUCAGCCGAGGCAGGACGCCCUGCAGAUCCCAGCCAGGAGGGGCCGAUUCUGCCGUGGCACCGAUGCCAUACAGAGUCGCUCCGCUGGCAUUUCCAGGGAGUCACGCUGGAUUAGCCGAGGUCAGAGUCUGGGUUAAUCUCUGGUGCUAUUGUGGGCUGGGAUCAUGGUAUGAAUUGCCCUAUAUAAACCCUUCCAGGGUGCUAGGGCAAGGAUGAUUUUAUGAUCCCGCUAGAAAGCAUCCAGGUAUUUUACCCCUCUGCCCAUCUUGCACACAGUAGAGACAGUUCUAGAUUUCCCACGUCCUCUGGGCUUGAUUCUGACUUGGCCUUACACCAGAUUUAUCACUGUGCUAUGUAUGAACUCCAGUGGCACUAACGGUUCCUCCUCGCUGUACGCUGGUGCAAGGGAGGCCAGAAUCGGGCUCACGGGCUGCACUUUGCACAACUCAGGCUUUAGGAAUCAUGUCUGCGUUCCCUCUGUGCUCGGAAGGGCUGGGACACUGAUUUCUCCUUAAUUCAGCAUCUGAUUCGUGGCCUUGCCUCCCUGUCCCAUAAACCAAAUCCUCUGAAAUCAAUACGCAAGGAUUUUUGAAGACGGCAAAACCUUUUGCUGACCCGUGGGUCUGGUGGUGCGGCUCUAGUGCAAUGCGUGGGGGGUUUGGUGAGGCUGCGCUGCCGGUGCUGUUACGGUGCAGCUGCGCUCAGGGGCACGUCGCAUGCAUUUUGCCUCAAUCCCGCGUUACGAUAAGAAGUGCAACGCGCCAGCUCAUUACCUGGAGCUCACUGCUGGUCUUGUACCUCUUUCAAUACUGAAAAUAAAGCACUGAUUCACUGUGU